GGAGAACUUGAUAAGAUGCAUGUAUCGGGGCGCUAUGUCAUUGCGGGGUGGAAGUGUGGCUCACCGCCCCGGAAAACAGGUGAGGAUCCAACGGCAGAAAAGCGCCAAGAUUUCGCAUAAGCGAUUUCUCCACACCCCAAAAAAUUUCGAACCGCCCGAAAAUUCGCAGCCAAUCCGCCCGCAACCGCCGCAGUAUCAAAGCUCUCUCUCUGUUCACCGAGUCUGCUUGCACCCGCCUAGCCGUUGAUAUUCGUUUGGCUUUGCAGCACUCCAACCAAACUUUACGGUCGACACAGAGAAGGCUUUUUGAUCCUUUUUUUCCUAUAAGCAAAGAUAUAAAGAAACGAAACAAGGGAAUAUGGCGGAAUCUACUCUGCAGGAUCGCCUGCGCGAGCACUCAAAGGCCUUUGAUGGUCUUUUGUCCCUCAUUCCGGCAAAGAUGUACUAUGGAGAAGACAACUCUGAACAAUGGAAGCGAACGAAGCAGACGAAAGCCGAGGCCAAGGCCGCAAAGACGGCCAAGCUGGACCCCGACAGCGAGCUGAACCGCAACGCAAAGGAGGUCAUGGACGAGCGGGCGGCGCGCAACAAGCGCAAGCUGGAGGCGAUGCAAGAAGAAGAAGACAAGGAGGACGACGAGCCCGUCCCGGGUGUGCAGAGGGAGCUGCCAGGCCAGGGGCUCCGGAACAAGGACUACAAGAAGCAGAAGACGGCCGACCUCCCGAUCGACACGAUUGAUGACGCCAACCCUGCCGAGAUGUCACAGAACCAGCUCAUGAGGAUGGCGAAGAAGGAGGCCAAGCUGGAGAAGCGCGCGACCAAGAAGGCCAAGAAGGCUGAGAAGAAGGCUGCUAAGCUCGAGGCUGGUGGCGACGCUGCUGCUGACGCUGCUGAUGUUGAUGCGCCCGAGGUUAAGGAGUCUAGCAAGUCCGCCGACACCAAGGCUGCAAAGUUCCCGGCCGCCACCAAGAAGGAGUCCAGCAAGAAGCAACAGAAGAAGGCCGAGUCCAAGGACGCCAAGCCCUCCGUCGACCUCAACCCCCUCGACCUCUCCGGCCUCGCCCAACAAAAGGCCACAGAGGAGUCCAGUGACGCCUCGACACCGGCCUCGCCCACCUUUGACACCGUCGCCGUCGACGGUCCCUCCACCACCACCGCCGCCAGCGCCAGCACGACAACUUCAACAAGCUCCACCGUCCCGCCCUCCGAGAAGCCAAAGCACAUCAAACUCCCCGCCGACACCUCCGCCCUCCGCGCCCGCCUCGCAGCCCGCAUAGAAGCCCUCCGCGCCGCCCGCAAAGCCGACGGUCCGGACGGAAAACCCAUCCGCACCCGCCAGGAACUCAUCGAGGCGCGCCGCUUCAAGCAGGCCCAGCGCAAAGAGCACAAGAAGGAACUCCGCACAAAGGCCAGGCUCGAGGAAGACGCCCGCCGCGAGGAGACGCUCGCCUCCAACUCCCCCAGCAUCAUGUCCCCGCGCGUCGGCCUCGGCGGCGAAGACGGCGACGACGAACCCGCAAACUUUGCAUUCGGCCGCGUCGCCUUUGACGACGGCACAAAACUCUCGCACGACCUCUCCCACGCGCUCAACACGCACAAGAAGCGCGGGCCCUCGGAUCCCAAAACGGCACUCAUCAAGAUGCAGAACCAAAAGAAGCGCCUCGCGGCCCUCGACUCGGAAAAACAAGCCGACAUUGCCGAAAAGGAACAGUGGCUCAUUGCCCGAAAACGCGCCGAGGGCGAGCGCGUGCGCGACGAUGAGCAGGCUCUCAAGAAGGCCGUCAAGCGCAAGGACCAGGCCAAGAAGAAGAGUGAAAAGGCGUGGAAGGAGCGCAGCGACGGCGUGGCCAAGUCGAUUCGUGAGAAGCAGAAGAAGCGCGAGGAUAACCUCAAGAAGCGCAAGGAUGAUAAGUUGGCGCAUAAGCUUGGGCGGAAGAGCGGCAAGAAGGUUGGUGGUGGGGGCGCGAAGAAGACCAAGGCGCGUCCUGGGUUUGAGGGGAGCUUUGGCGGUGGUAAGAAG